AUGUCGGAGGAGCUCGAAAACGUGCCAAAAGUCGACGCGGAGCCCGAGAAAAUGGACGAAUCGGUGGAGAAAGUGGAGGAGGAGCCGAUAGAGGAGAAAGCGGAGGUUAAGGAUUUGGUGCCAGAAAUGUAUAGACUUCAUGGUGGAGACCCGAGAUUGGUGAAUUUGAAUUUCGCGGUUAUGGUGAGCGGAAUUCCGACGGAUUUCAUCAACGAUAGCUAUGAGCAGUUCGAUGAGACUCUACGUACGAUGCUCUGUGCGAGUCAUAAUUUGAAAUCGGAGAACAUUUUGAAGAUCAUCCGAAUCCCAGUACUCGAGGAAGGAGACAAUAAGAACAACGCUCUCCGAGCGCUUAUCUGCUUCUCAGACAAAAUCCAGCAGUGUCGUUGUCUGGCUCGCAAGAAGGCGUUCGAGGAUGAGAAGCAGCGAGUGGAGGCGAUAGACGCGCUCCCCGAAGCCCUGCUCUUCAUCAGUGACGAGGAUCGUCAGAUUCUAGAAGACGGCGUUCACGAGAGGCCAGAAGGCGGCGAUGAUGAGGAUGAUGUGGUUGGUGAAGAGGUGGAUGAGUUGGAAUUGGAAGAAGACGAUGAGGAAGAAGGGCACGAUGAGCAUGAAGAGGAUUCUGAGGCGGAUGGAGACGCGAAAAAGGACGAAGAAGCGGCGGAUAGUGAAGGAGGAGUCAAGAAGAGCUCUGAUGCUAAAGAAGGCGAUAAGAAGGCGGCCGAGGUAGCCAAGAAGCCAGAACCACCAAAGAAGAAGGUCUACGAGGAUGAGGACGAGAAGGCGCCGUUCGAGAUGGUUUGGGAAGGAGCGCCAGAGUUUCAGUGGAGAUUGUGCGAAGGAAAUCGUGACGAGAAGAAGCUGAUCAUCGAGAAUCUGAUGUGGUCCGAUCUCAACGACGUCUUCAUCUACCGUACUAUUCAGAAGGCCACUUCUGUCGAGAUCAACUUUCCAGCUCGAUUCUCCGGAGAGGGAAGUCGUCAGAUAUUCGGAAAACUCGUCCUCCAUUUUCCGGCAUUCGUUGCUAUUAUGGACGAGGCACUGAAACAUUUGAUCUACUUUAGAAGUGGAGACGCCAGACGAAUCAAAGUGUUCCUGCCACAAACUCAGGUGUCGUUGAAGCGAAAGGAGGAGUUUGAGGGGAAACUGGGAAGAUUGAUAAAGCCGACGCCACGGAUGAUGGAGCUGGUGAUCAAGACGUUGCCAGAGGGAUACACUCCAACGUUGGAUAAUGCAUGUGAAUGGUUCCCGGAUCAAUCGGUGAUUGGGUGUGAAUUGGUUAAGGAUGAGAUGGGAAGCCCAUGCGUCAUCGUGAAGUUCGAGACCGCCCAAGAAGCCGUCGCCGCCCAUGCGAGCCGUUCGUUUGUUUUUAUCCGUCAUAAGGAAGCUAAAAAGAACGCGGCCGGAGAGCCAGAAAAAGAAGGAGAAGAAAAGAAGGAUGACGAGGAGAAGAAGAAUAAGAAUGAGCAAUCAGAAGAACGAGAGAAGACGACGAGAUGUAAUGUGUUCAUGAGAGGAGUCGAAGCCCACUUCGGAUCCCUCAUCACCUACUAUGAUCAACGUCGUCGUACGGCGGAACAACAGCGUCAGGCUCGUCAGAAGCGUCAGUCUACCGUAGCACCUGCGCCGAAACGUCCAGCCGGCUCGACGAUUCGUGGUCCGGUUCUAAAGAAGCGUGCUCCAUCGCCAUCGAAACGAGGAGGGGGUGCUCCAGAGAAAUCAUCGACGCCACGUGGCGGAUCGAGUGCUCCGAGAAGAGGACCGACGAGCGGUGGGCGACGUUCAUCGCCACCGAGAUCAGGAGGAUCCCGACCAUCGCCACGUGGAAGUUCGUCGUCGAGAGGUGGAGGAGGAGGUCAUCCAAGAGGAGGACCAAGAGGCGGACGUAGUGAUCGUGGAAUGAGUCGAUCCACUCAACGCACCCAUUCCUACCGAAACGACUCCUUCUCCUCAUCGACAUCAUCGCAACGAGCUCCGCCGAGAGCCGACGCCUUUGCCGGAUAUGGAUACGCCCAAUUCGAUCGCGCCUAUAACAGUGGAAGCGGUGGAGGACAGGAUCGUCCAUCAGUCGAUCCAUUCGGACGUCCGAUGUAUUCAGUUCCCGCCUUCUCCAACUCGUCCUCAUCGUCAUUCCGUCAUGACGAUCAUCGAGGAGGAAGCGGUGGUUUUGGCUCGUCGUCAUCAUUCGAGUGA